AUUAUCACCAUUCAAUAGCGACAGAAAGUAGAAACCAGAAGGCAAUAGUCAUAGUUUUGUCUGCUGAUCUGUGCAAACGGUUCUUUAUUUUCAUUCUUAACUUAGUUAUUCGUUUCAUUCAAAAACGAUAUUUGUAGCCAAAGCGAUAUUUUAUAUUCGUACAUGAUACACAUGCCUAACUAUUAUUAAUACACAAGUUGUGAAUUAUAUGGUUUAACUGUAUUAUAAUUUUUUAGCUUUAUAUUGUUCUUAUUAUGUUUUUUAGAAUAACUAAUUUACAAAAAGGAUUUUUUUACCUUAGAAGUAUAUCAAAAGCUUAUUCAAUGUCUAGCUACCAAACUCUGAAAAUUGAAAGUCAUAAGGAAUUUGUAUUCAAUGUACAAUUAAAUAGGCCUGGAAAGGCCAAUGCUAUGAAUUCACAAAUGUGGAUUGAAAUUGGAAAAUGUUUUAAUGAACUCAGUGAAAAUCCUGAUUGUCGCGUGAUUGUUCUCACUGGGAAUGGAAAAUUUUUCACUUCAGGUAUUGAUUUGUAUGAUGUUAUGAAUCUUGGCCAAGAAGUGGCAAACCAUGACGACAUCGCAAGAAAGUCACAAGUCAUUAGAAAAUUUAUUAAAACAUAUCAAGACUGUAUCACUUCACUUGAAAAAUGUGUUAAACCUGUAAUAGCCGCUAUACACAAUGGAUGUAUUGGAGGUGGUGUAGAUUUAAUUGCUGCAUCAGAUAUAAGAUAUUGUACAAAUGACGCAUGGUUUCAAAUCAAAGAAACAGAGAUAGGAAUGGCUGCAGAUGUGGGUACACUUCAAAGAAUGCCAAAAAUCAUUGGAAAUAUGAGUACAUUUAACGAAUUGGCUUUUACAGCUCGUAAAUUUGAUGCCCAAGAAGCUAAAUCUAUUGGUUUUGUUAGUACAGUGUAUGAAACCAAUGAAAGCAUGCUUGAAAACGUAAUGAAUAUUGCUAAUGAUAUAGCGAGUAAAAGUCCUGUUGGUAUUCAAAUGACCAAACGUAGCAUAAUAUAUUCACGUGAUCAUACAGUUCAAGAAGGAUUAGAUCAUAUUGCUGAUUGGAAUCAAAUUUUACUUCAGAGUGAAGAUUUUAUUAAAGCAACUAUGGCUGUUGCAUCAAAAGACAAAAAACCAAUUUUUUCAAAAUUAUAAUUUUUUUUUAUAUUAUUAUGAAUAUUGUUUAAUUAGAAUUAUUUCAAAUAUGUUAUUACAUUUCCUGUAUUUUUGUUAGUAUAAAAUAAAAGUAUUUAAAUUAGAUAACUUGAAAUACGUUUUACAAAAUAGUUUUUUGAUAUUUUAGCGUAAAUAUAAAAGUUUUUAAAUGAAAACAUAAAUUGUUAAAAUUAUUAUUAUAAUAUGUAAUCUUAUUAUUUUAUUUUUGUUUUUUAAUAAAUAGACUGUGGUAUUUAUUUUUGUCAA